CACAGCCACGUCAGUUGCCUUGUUGCCUCUUUUCAUCCCGAUGCAGGAAUCUCUCGACCUUGUUUUGUGGCUGCGAGUCGGCUCCUUUUGUUCCACCGUGCGCCUUAGUAUCUUUAGCUUCACGCUUGUGGUCAUUUCAAGACGACGACACAACCACGUAAGCACCAGAACGGAGACCUUUCCAUCGCUCACCGUCUAUUUUAGUCACCCAAAAGCUCUCGAAAUUUUCUGGAUCUCCGACUUUCCGCUACCGCCCUUUUCGCCACCGGUUUAGUCUAUAUAAAGAAGGGAAUUGAUAUACACGC